AUGGGCAACGAAUCCUCCACCCCGGUUGACGAGGCCACGCCCCCCACCACGCUCUAUGCCCGGAGCAUAGAGGCGGUGGCUCAAUAUAUCAAGGAAAAGGAUGUCAAGAACAUUGUAGUCAUGGUAGGAUCCCUCUCCACAAACUUGGAUAUUUCGAGUCUGACCGUGUCGAAGACCGGCGCAGGAAUCAGCACCUCGGCCGGGAUACCUGAUUUCCGCUCUCCUGAUACAGGGCUGUAUGCCAAUCUUGCUCGACUGAACCUCCCAUACGCUGAAGCAGUGUUCGACAUCUCGUAUUUUCGAAACAACCCCUACCCGUUCUACACCCUCGCGCACGAACUGUAUCCAGGCAAAUACAGACCAACCGUGACCCAUUCGUUCAUCAGCUUGCUCCACAAGAAGGGGCGACUGCUCAAAUUGUUCACGCAAAACAUCGAUUGCCUCGAGAGGGAAGCAGGAGUUCCUGGGGACAAGAUUGUGGAAGCACACGGUUCUUUUGCCACGCAGAGAUGUAUUGAAUGCAAAACGGAAUAUCCUGAUGAUCGAAUGAAAGAGGUGAUUCAGAAAAUGGAGGUACCGCGUUGCAUCAGGAAGACAUGCAACGGGCUGGUAAAGCCGGAUAUCGUUUUCUUCGGCGAGGCUCUUCCAGAGUCAUUCCACCGCAACCGAAGUCUGCCCGCCAAAGCAGAGUUGGCGAUUGUCAUGGGGACCAGUCUGACGGUCCAGCCGUUCGCCAGCCUGCCCUCAUUCGUCAGGGAAGAAACUCCGCGCGUGCUCAUCAACUUGGAGAGGGUGGGAUCCCUCGGUUCAAGGCCAGACGACGUGCUGCUGCUGGGAGACUGUGAUGAAGGUGUCCGCAAAUUCGCAGAUGCCCUCGGAUGGCGCGAUGAGUUGGAAGAGCUAUGGGCCAGCACCAACCCGGAUAAGAAAGAGAGGGAUGCGCAGGACGUGCCUCCAAAACAAAAGCAUGAAAAGUUGGAUGACGAGAUCGCGAAGUUGACAAAGGAUAUCGAUGCCUCACUCAAGAUCACGGCCGAGGCAAAUGAGAGGAUAAGGGCGGAACUGGAACAGCACGAUUCUCAGAAACCGUCACCGUCUUCUGCUCCCUCAUCCGACACGCCCACAGCGCCCACGACGUCUUCCAAUUCUGGACUGAGUCACGUUUAUCCUCACCUGAAAGCAGACAAACCUGAGAAGUCUUCUCUUUAG